CUAGGUCGUUUUGGAUGCAGUUUUCCGUACGUUCAGCUCAACCCCCCUUUCGGUUCACCACAACUGAUCUCCCGUCAACCUCCCCUGUACCCACAGCCUCAAAGCCAUUCUCCUUUCGCAUUGGCUGUCGGGUCGAAACUACUGUGGGAAUGCAUGUGCUUCUCGUUUGCAGUUGUAACGUUCAAACUUCCGGAACUGGUGCCUUUACACCCCAUGUUCAACGGCCAUUCCGCUCCUCUGUUUUACAUGCAUCUCGUCGCCAGAAUCCCUUUACGUCGAAUCUAUUUUCGCAUGGUUUCGAAGCUCUUGUCUGAUAUUGUUUUAUCGCCUCGUCUCUCAAUGACGCUACCUUGGGCUUCAUGGAUGUCGAUCCAAAGCCGGAGCCUUGGAAACGGAAUUGUGCCGCAUAACUUCUGCCUAUCCGUUGAUCGCACGGUGGCGCUUCCCACGGUAUCCGUUGCUGCCAUAGGUCACAUCUUCGGCCUUGCCGGGAAGGAAGAGGAUAGAGGUGUCCCGUGGGGUAUGAUAUCACUUCCGACCUUGAUUGGAAGCGGCGCAACUGGUCAUGCAUCCAGCCUUAUGAUCAAGCUUAUUUCAUUUUCACCCUGGGCUGCUCGACAACAGGGAGCUAUCAUUUUGCGAUUGCGCCAACGCACUCUUCAACUGCACAUAACUUUCUUCCUCGCCAUCGGCGAGUCCACAAUCAGCGAUUACCUUAGAUUUUACGAACUCUUCACAAAUUUCAUGAAGAUCAAACAAGCUCAGACGGUUCGGAAGCGGGCCCCACAACUUGUCGACCCAACACCAUCCACGCCGGCCACAGUGUCCAUUCCGUCAUAUCAACUAAACCAUCAGACAACCAUGCAUGUAGAAGAAUCGCUUAAUACCCAAGCCAGGCUUGCUUCGGUCACCGGUUUGAUCUACAGCGGGUAUGAACGCCAGUCAAACAUCACAUUUCCCCCUCUAAUUCGCUUCACUUUGGAAAUUCUAGGGAAGCCAGGAACGUAUCGCGUGUCUUCAUUGGAAAUGCUCGCCUUACCGUACCGUGGAGAGAGCCUUUUGACAGCACCCAUGGCAUCGGGUCACGUAGAGACCAUCCCAACUGCUUCCGCAAGCUUCGAGCAAACUCGACAAACUCUUAUUUCCUUCACAGUGGAGCUUUGCCCCCGAGCUAAUCAGGAUGUAGCAGCUAAGUUCAGUGUUCCCACACCAACCUAUCGCACCAAUUCCAUUCGACAACCGCUAUGUCAUGGGGCUUCUUUAUAUGCAUGGAAAACUGGGAAUAAACCCCUAUACACAUACCAAAGUUAUCUCAUGUCUUACUUCACUGCCUCCUUCACCGCCUUAAGAUUCUUCAAAGCCGGUUUUAGUGACACGAAAACGACUUCCGUAGGCGGCCUUAUAUACAAACGGGUUCGAAUGGCACCUGAAACCUGUGUUCUCGCGCUACCACCUUCAUCGCACUUCUCAAACCCCUACCUGUGGGUGUCAAACUCGAGGCCUAAUUUAGGUCUCAUUAAAUUUCAAGAGCAUCCAGCCAAAAACUAUCUAUCGAUAGAAGCACGGUCUGUAUCCUACUAUCUUAUAUCGAACCAAAACAUGGCCCUUGAGCAACCCAUGCUACAUCUACAUUCCAUUCAUCGCUCCUUACCUACAUUUCCCGAUAUCCAUUCCAAGAGAGUAAAGCUGAACGCUAUCGCAAGACCCACGACACUCUCUUCUUCAUUAGCAUUAUCGAAUCUCCCACUCAAACUGUACUGGAGCCACCGAGGUGGCCUAGGAGGGGCGGAACUCGGUAGUUCGGCAGUGCUUGCGUUGGAUACUCUGGAGAACCUCGUGAUCUUCUACUACCCGAAUUUUGUCAACUAUAUCGUUUAA